AAAUGUGCUUAAGAGAGAGCGAGUGGACAAUCAAGUGAGCGAGAGGCGCUAAGAGUUUUUAAAUAGAUAGCAAACAUUUGUCGUAGUCUCUUUGUUGCUGGCAUUGAUAAAGCUCACAUGUUCUAUGCUUGAUCAGUGUGCUGGAAAACUUUCCAUGCAGCAAACGUUAGAUGCUGAAGCAAAGUAAUUAGAAAUUGAACAAAAAAGAUUAAGCAUUAUAAGCAAAUUAUACAGCAUUAAAAGAUAUGUGGGUAACGCGUUUUCUUUUACAUCGUAAUGGGGCUCUUACCCAAAGCUGGCGAAGCUUUGCCAGUGCUCACAACAACAAUAGCAACGCGACAGCCACUGAGAAACAUCCACUGCAAGGUGUGCGUAUAUUGGACUUGACGCGGAUUGUGGCCGGUCCCUAUUGCACAAUGCUGCUGGCUGAUUUGGGCGCUGAGGUUAUCAAAGUGGAGCGUCCACAUUUCGGCGAUGAAUCACGCAAAUGGGGUCCACCUUUCCUAGAGCAAAGUGGCGAUGCUACCUAUUACUUGGCCUGCAAUCGCAAUAAGCAAAGCGUUUGCAUUGAUAUGAAGCGUGGGCAGCAUAUUAUGCAAGAACUAGUCCAGCAAGCCGAUGUCCUAGUGGAGAACUAUGUGCCAGGUACGUUGGAACGUUAUGGCCUGGGUUAUCAACAGCUGAGUUCUGUGCAUCCCAAACUUAUCUACUGCACUAUUAGUGGUUAUGGCUCCACUGGACCUUAUUCCAAGCGUCCUGGCUAUGAUGUAAUAGCUUCCUCUGUAGGUGGGCUCCUGCAUAUAACAGGCGAACGUUCAGGACCGCCUAGUAAGGUGGGCGUGGCAGUGACAGAUGUGGCAACAGGUCUAUAUGCACACGGCGCCAUUUUGGCUGCGCUUUUGCAGCGACAACGCACACAACGUGGCCAAAAGAUUGAUGUAAACUUGCUCUCUACCUGCUGCUCGAUGUUGAUAAACGUGGGCAGUAAUUAUUUAAAUGCAGGCGUGGAAGCCAAACGCUGGGGUACAGCACACUCUAGCAUUGUGCCCUAUCAAAGCUUCAAGACAGCAGAUGGGUAUCUAACUAUAGGCGCCGGUAGCGAUGCACAGUUCUUAGAUCUCUGCCAGCGCUUAAACAUUGAGGAAUUGGCUGCGGAAGAGCAGUACAAGACUAACAAGGAUCGGGUGCAGUAUCGUGAGCAGCUGGUGGAGCAACUUGCCAGCAUUCUAGUGCGGCAAACGAACAAGCAAUGGAUGCAGUUAUUUGAAGGGGCCACAUUUGUAGCUGGACCAGUAAAUAGCAUUCGAGAGGUGUUUGAGGAUGAACAUAUACAAGCUAUUGGCUUAGUCAAAACCUUGCCACAUGCGCUGGAUGGCGGUGUCAAAGUAGUGGGUCCAGCUGUGGAAUUCAGUGAGGCACACAAUGAUGCACGCACUGCGCCCCCAAUAUUGGGUGAGCAUACAAAUUCAGUCCUUAGCCAGCUGUUGGGGUACAAGCCAGAGCAACUUGCUGAGCUGCGAGAGCAGCGCAUCAUACAGUAGCAAGCCUAGUUUUUAUUUCAUAUUUUUAAAUUGUAUACAGCUGACAUAUAUAUUAAAUGCCGAUUAUGCGUAACCGUUUGAUCGAGAGCUUGCCAUGGAAAGAACGUACGAGACGCGAGAAAUGUAUUAUAAUUCUUUUCUUUGCAUUUAUGUUUGUGGUCAUUGUAGUGCUUGUUGCUGUGUUUGUCUUCCUUUGUGUAUCUAUGCACAAUGCAAGGUACACAGCACAGGGAGAAAAGAAGAAAAAAGACGAGGAAAGUGGCAAGAAACUGUUCCAAACAACAGUUGUCAUCAUGUAAAUAGUGAGACUUACCAAAAACUUAACAAGUCUAGGCGAGGACGCAGUGCAUCGAUUAUCGAUUUAAGAAUCAUGGCUUCACAUGGACUCGACACAAAGGAAACGAAAAAUAGCGCAUGCAAACUCACUUUGAAAACAAUUAUUUAUGCACUUUUGUUUACUCAAUAAACCAAUAAAUAAAUACAGCGAGCGUAGC